AAUGCGGACACAGUACAGGAGAUGACCAGAGACUGCGGACACAGUACAGAGGAGAUGACCAGAGACUGCGGACAAAGUACAUGAGAUGACCAGAGACUGCGGACAUAAUACAGGAGAUGACCAGAGACUGCGGACAUAGUACAGGAGAUGACCAGAGACUGGGGACAAUGUAAAGAGGGGGGGGGAUAUAAGGAGGAUAUAUAUAGAGAGAGAGAGGGGGGGGAAAAGAGAGAGGGGAGGGGGGUAGAGAGAGAGGAAGGGGGAGAGAGAGGAUGGGGGAGGGAGAGGGGGGGAGAGAGAGAGGGGGAGGGGAGAGAGAGAAAGAGGAGGGGGAGAGAGAGGGGG